ACAUCUGCGUUUUGAGCACUGUUCUCAUAAUGGAGUUUCCUGAUUUGGGGAAGUACUGUUCAGAAAAAACUUGCAAGCAGCUAGAUUUUCUUCCAGUAAAAUGUGAUACGUGUAAACAAGAUUUCUGUAAAGGUCAUUUUACAUAUGCCACACGUAAGUGUCCAUCUGCCUUCCAGAAGGAUGUUCAGGUCCCGGUAUGCCCACUCUGUAAUAUCCCCAUCCCAAUAAAAAAGGGACAGAUCCCAGCCGUGGUGGUUGGCGAUCACAUGGAUAGAGACUGUGACUAUCAUCCUGCGAAGAAGAAAGAGAAGAUUUUUAUAUGCCGGUGCUCAAAAGAGGGCUGCAAGAAGAAAGAGAUGCUGCAGAUGGUGUGUGCCCAGCGUGACGGCAACUUCUGUGUCCAGCACAGACACCUCCUGGACCACAGCUGCAGACCCAGGAGUCGCCCCACCAUCAAAGCCGGGUGA